CAGUUAUUGCUGCAUUAGCUCCUGCUCUUUUCGUUUCUUGGGAAAACCAUGGCCUCUUCCGCUGUUGAGGGAGAUAAGUAUCGCUCUUUUAUGUAUGGAGAAGGUGAGAAGAACACCCAAUGGAGGUCUGGUGCUCCUCCGAACUAUGAUGUUGUGGACAAGCUCUUUGAAGAAGGCCGAACUCAGGUAUGGCCGCUGGGAUCGAUUGAAGAAAAGGUAGAGCGGUUGGUGAAGACAUGGGAAAUGGAGAUAGUCCACAAGAUACGGCCUGAAGACUGCAAAAGCGUCAACCCCGAGAAGUUUAUUUUCAGCGUAAAUGGAAGAAAACCAAUAACACAUCAAGAUAUUGUUGAAAUGGGAGGAAGCUACAAUGCCUUCUUGCAAACCAACUUGCCUGAAGAUCGCCGAAUCUACAACCCAGCACAAGAGACGGCGGAGUCGUCGCAGAAGGCCUUCACCACAGCACUUCCUCGUGGCUUCGCCUUGGAAGUACUCCAAGUCUACAGUGGCCCCCCCACGAUCGUGUACAAGUUCCGGCACUGGGGUUACAUGGAGGGGCCAUUCAAAGGGCACGCCCCAACUGGGGAGAAGGCUGAAUUCUUCGGAAUGGCCAUUUUCCACGUUGAUGAAGAGAUGAGGAUUGAGAAGGUGGAGUUCUUUUACGAGCGUGGGGACUUUCUCGCCGCCUUCCUCAAAGGUGCACCAACGGACGGAGCGUCGUCAACUUCUUCCCGCUGCCCUUUCAUGGCAAAUAAAUAAAUUGGCAUAGCAAAAUAAAUAAAUAAAAACAGAAUAAAAUAGCAAGCCCAAGCCGGAUAGCUUCGAUCGUAUAUUUCCUUCUUUUUGCUUUCUUGUACCACGGUCUGGAAGUGUUGUAAGCGGUGAGGCCAUCCGCCCCACCGUAACCAUAUCAAGCGUCUUGUGGGUAUCGUCCCUGGUUGCGCGUGGUUGCGGUUAUCGUUGUUCUUGAUAUUUUUAUUGAAAAGGUCAGUCGUAUGGAGUGACUUAAAUA